AGAUCAGAUCAGAGAGAGACAAAGAGACAGCUCGAGUCUGCGUCGUCGGCUUCAGUCUCCACGAAGAAGGGAUUUUAUUUUGCACGUUUAUAAUUUACAAAACACAUCACUCACGUGUUGAUCCUUUUAUAACAUGUUACGUUAAAUUGUUGUGUUACCGUGAGUUUCAUUAUUACAAAAUGAAAGUGAAAGUCCUAACAAGGAAUCCAGAUGAAUAUCUGAGAGAAACAAAACGUGAUAUUUAUAAAGUUCCCAGGAAUUAUAACCCUGAAUUACAUCCCUUUGAAGCAGCAAGAGAAUACACAAGAGCCUUGAAUUCAGUAAAAUUAGAGAAAGUAUUUGCUAAACCUUUUAUUGGAUGCUUAGAAGGCCAUAAAGAUGGGAUAUCUUGUGUGUAUAAACAUCCUACUCAGUUGUCUACAUUACUCAGUGGAGCUUUCGAUGGGGAAAUAAAAGUAUGGAAUCUUCCUCUAAGAAUCUGUGAACGUAGCUUCUUGGCACAUGAUGGCAUAAUAAGAGGACUAACAUUUAGUUUGAAUAAAGAAAACUUUAUCACUGUUGGUGACGAUAAAACUAUAAAAACAUGGAAAGCACAAAAACCAUUCGGUGAAGAAGAAGAACCAUUAAACACAGUUAUUAGCAAAACUAUAAUAAGCUCGAUUUCUCAUCAUACACGUCAACGAGUAUUUGCAACGUGUGGUGAAGUAUGUCAUUUGUGGGAAGAAACUAGGAACGAACCAAUUCGGACAUUCAAAUGGGGCAUUGAUACCUUAUAUGACAUUAAGUAUAAUCCUGUCCAGGCUAAUUUAUUUGCUACUUGUGCGAGUGACCGCAGCAUAAUCUUGUAUGAUGCUAGAGACACAGGUCCUUUAAGGAGAGUAAUCAUGAAAUUAAGGAGUAACAAACUGUCUUGGAAUCCCAUGGAAGCAGUUACUUUCACAUGUGCCAACGAGGAUUACAACCUGUAUACCUACGAUAUUCGCAAAUUAAGCAAACCAUUGUGUGUACAUAAGGAUCAUGUGCAAGCUGUAGUAGACGUGGAUUAUUCUCCAACCGGUAAAGAAUUCGUAUCCGGUAGUUAUGAUAAAACGAUUCGGAUUUUCGGCGUCGAUCAAGGACAUUCUCGAGAAGUUUAUCAUACGAAACGUAUGCAACGGUUAACAUGCGUAGGCUGGUCCCUUGAUAAUAAGUACAUUAUUAGCGGUAGUGACGAAAUGAAUAUUCGUAUUUGGAAAGCGAGAGCAUCAGAGAAAUUAGGCGUGUUGAAACCUAGAGAGAAGGCAGCAUUAAAUUACAGUGAAGCUUUGAAAGAAAAGUUCGCUGCUCAUCCUCAAGUGAAGCGAAUCGCCCGGCACAGGCAUGUUCCCAAACAUAUUUACAAUGCCAGGACUGAAUUACGUACUAUUGACCAGAAAUCAAGACGAAAGGAGGCUAACAGGCGACUUCAUUCUAAGAAGGGAACAGUACCUUUUAUUUCAGACAAGGCAAAGAGUGUUGUACGAGAGGAUGUAUAAUUUACAUUGUGAAAUUAUAUAAUAAUUUGUACACAGUUUUUAAAUAAAAACAGAACACAUUUUA